UUAAAUUUAUUUUUCAUUAUUUUUUUUGGUAGAGAGAGAUCCGAUUGUGAACCCGACACUUGCAGAUACCCUCUGAGCUUUCUCUGUUUUAUGCCUCAGAUGUCAGUCCAAUUUUUUUCAAAAUUUGGGCUUUGGCCAAAGACUGAACCAGCCCCAAGUGUCGAUCAUCCAGCUUCAAAUGGCAAUCCGCAAGUAUCGGUCCGCAAUCCCCAAGUGUCAAUUCCUAAUAUUCGAGUGUCGACCCUCAAAUUUCAAUCCAACAAUCACUUGUGUCGAUUCUCGAACUUCAAUCCUUGAAUGUGGACCUUCAUUUGUCUACCCUAAAUAUCCAAAUGUCAGGCCGUAGUAUCCUGUAGUUAUUGUCCAAAGUACCGGACAAGUUCCAAUUUCCGUAAGUUCCAAUUCCAAUGGGAAGUUAAUUUUGUCCACAAAUGUCGCUUCACAAAGGUCGUUUACCCUCAUUUCCCUAUUUAUUUGAUUUGUGAUUUAUUUCCAAUUUAUUCAUUAUUCUGAUCAUUUCAAGGUUACUUAACAAUUUUGUGGUUAAAAAAAGAGAGCAUCUGUUUGACAAUAACACUAAAAAAUAAAUUAUAUAAAUUUUCCAAUCCAUGCUCUUAUCCCCCACACAAAUCGCUCUAUGCCCAUUUAUAAACAAUUCUUAUUUUUCACUCAUUCAUCAACCCCUACCCAACUACUUGCCAUCUGUCGGCCAAACAUGCAUUUUUCAUUCAUUUUUCUCUUCCAGGGCAAUCGCAAUUUUUUUUUCCUUUUUUUCUUAUAUUUUUAA